AGGUGGUUUGGGCUGCCACUUUUUGGUUGCUAAUAUUCUAGUUUUCUGUUUCUGAUCUUUGAUUUCCUUAGGUACUGCUCGUUCUCCUCGUUGUGUCGUCGUACUAAAAAUACCGUAACAAAGUUGAUCAAUGUUUUGAGGACUUCUUAUUAAAAGUUCCUUCUUUCUUCCCCUCCCUCCCACUUUCACUCUCACCCUUUUUCCAGAUCUGAUCUGAUCUGAUCUAAUCGGCACUUUUUGAUUUUCUCUUCUUCAUGAUACCCAAAUUUUCUUUCGAGGCGCACAAAACUCAAUUCGUUUCCCAAAUUUUAGAAAGGUUGAAGCACCAAAUCAACAUCCAUCUACAAGCACUGGACGAAGAAGAGAGCUUCGACCACUGCAUUUAUAUUAUCCCGGUGUUUUGUUUCAUGAACAGUCGAUAAUGGCUUCGACACCCAUCAAUUCAAGGACCUUCGCUGCGAACACAAAACCUGGUUUAAAAGCUAGUCCUUCUCCAUUCCCACGAACCCCGCGCCCCUCGAAUAAAAACAGGAAUCCCUACGAGUUAGGAUUAUCAUUGAAGAAAAUAAUUGGAACUACAGUAUCUUCUCCACCAUGUUUCGACUGUCUUUCGACAUCUCGGAUAUUUGCAUAUACAGCUGGGGCCGCAGUAGUGGUUGUUGACAUUGAUGAUGAGGGGAAACACUCUCAACGUUUUUUUCGGGCUUCUCCAACAGCAGUCGCCGCCAAUACAUGUAAUAUAGCUCUAGGUGGACCUUCAACACCUGCCAACAAUGCCAAUGACGGCAGAAACGGGAAAGGGUUUCGAGAUGCUGCAAUCCCAUAUGCUCCAUCCACUGCACAUACGAGUUUAGAAUCAGGUGACUCUUCAUCAAAGACAUGGUCAAGCAGGGAAAGGAUUAAAGCGGCUACAUGUGUGUCUAUUAGUUCUGAUGGUCGCUUUUUGGCUGUGGGCGAGACAGGAUACGCCCCCAGAGUUUUAAUAUUCUCUUUACAAGACAGUUCUUCAGAUACACCGCUCGCUAUUCUUACCGAGCAUACAUAUGGUGUCGCCGCCAUAUCAUUCAGUCCUGAUGGCAAAUAUCUUGCCAGCUUAGGUAAUGUUAACGAUGGAUUUCUUCACGUUUGGUCCAUAAAUCCAAAGAAUGGAACAGCGAAGCUACAUUCGAGCAACAAAUGUACUAGUUUCAUCAAGCAGAUGUUGUGGUUGGGAGGGAAUGUAGUCACUGUGGGAACUCGCCAUAUAAAAGUAUGGAGAGUCGAAGAUGGCCGAUGUCCCUCACCAAAACAAAAAUUUGCACUUGACGGUACACCAUUACCACUACCAGUACAACCAGCGCUCAAAACUCUUACUGGCCGGAACUGUUUACUUGGGCCAUUAGUGGAUGCAACGUUCACUUGUGUAGCUUCUUUGUCUGACCACAGGGCCAUUGUCUGCUCGGAAAAAGGAGAUGUUUGCCUCCUGGACAGCACAGAAGGCCAAAAACUGAUCAAAGUUUUGAGCACCGGAUUUCCCGUCACAUGUAUAGCUAUUGAGAUGGAAACUCGGCAGGUAAGGAUAGGAGGUCGUAAUGGCAAAGUGAAAACGGUAUCCUUGGACACACUUCUAGCUCCAUCUACUCCUCCAUUGUCACCCCUUCCAUCAGAUGAAUCUAAUGACGAGAUUGACCCUGGCCAUUUGUGUGCUAUGGGCUACGCUGGAGGUAAUUUCGUUACGAUUGAUUCCAGACAUACGAUUGAGAUAUGGGGGAAAGACGACGAGGACGCUGAUCAUGGGUUCCAAAACACACUUCAACCCGCUCACGGCGACGCAGUAAUGGGUGUGCAACUCUUACCCGAAAUCAAUCAGAUGGGAGCAGCAUUCCUUACCUGGUCGGUCAAUGGCAGUCUUGCCUUUUGGGACUUGCAUGGUAACAGCAAAGGAUCGAUCACAAUCGGCAUAGAUCAAGUGUCUAUAGAAGAAGAAGCCGCCAACUCAUGUCAGGUCGUGAGAAUAUCAAAGGAUGCCUUGUUUCUGGUGUCUGGAGAUAAGUACGGAGUUUUGAAAAUAUUGGAUCCAUCCACGGGUGCAUGCACUUUUGAGACACGUGCUCAUUCGAUCGAGAUUCAAGAUAUCACCAUUUAUGAGGAUGAUACAUCAACGAUGAUAGCGUCAUGUAGUAGAGAUCGGACCAUUCAAUUGUUCCGUCUUGUCUCAGAUAAGUGGGAGCUGGUACAAACUUUAGAUGAACAUACUGCUGGCGUAUGCGGUUUGUUCUUCGCCGAGAAUGGCGAGAAACUCAUAUCUUGUGGGAUGGAUAGGACAAUCCACAUCCGGCAACUUGUAAAAAAAGAAGUAGCAGAAGGAAACGCGCUGGCUGCUGUUCCAGUCCGUAUCAUCACCUUGAAAGCUGCGCCUGUCUCGAUGACGCCCUGUCUCGGUCCUCAAGUAGGUAAUAUUGUGGUGUCUUUGUUGGAUCGCACAGUAGCUACAUACGAAAUAGCCACUGGACGCCUUGUCAACUCAUUUCGAGCAACAGAUUAUGAUGGAGCAGACGCUGUCGCUCUGGACUCUCUUGUAAUGGGUGCACCUAGUGUACUUUCUGGCAAGCCUAGUACAAUUCUCGCUGGUGUCUCGACUACUGAUAAGUCUGUUCGUAUCUAUGACUGGAGUACUGGAUCUUUCCUAGAUCGCGAAUGGGGGCACACUACUUCCGUAUCAGGUGUCACACUUCUGGAGAACAUCGAUUCGUCGUCUAGAGUGUUGAUAAGCACAGGGCUGGAUGGCACAAUCAUGAUGUGGGAUAUUGCUUCUAAUGCCACCGCCUACUCACAGAAUCAGCCUGAGUCAAACGACGGCACCCAAGAUGAGACACCACCAAAGGAUCCACCGACCUCGCGCCAGCCAUUGAGAAGGGUUCUAUCGAAAGCUGAACUUGCUGAGUUUCAACGAGCGUCACCAACAGCUACUCCUCCUGGGUCAUCUUCGCCACCUCGGGUAAUCAAACGUAAGACCUCGAAAUACGGCUUGGCGAAUCAGAACCCUACAUUAUCAAUUCCAUCUGUGCAAGCUGUGCCAUCUAAACACUUCGCAUCUGCAUCAGAUGAUACAGGACGUAGAUCGUAUCCAAGGAACAGAUCUCGGAGUCCAAACAGUCCUCAAACAAGAGAGGUCAGACGUCCUUCGACGGCGUCGGUAGACUUACGGGGCCGGGGCAAAAGUUCAAGCACUGGCAUAACUGAAUCCGGAUCACUUAACAUGGCGACAGAGCAAGCUUGUCGAACACUUAGAGCGUACCGAAGAAAGCUCUUAUCUACUGAAACUAUAGAUGAAGAGUGUCUAAAGGAGCUAGACCAGGAGUUGCGACUAACCUCGGUAGCACUGGGGGAUAGAAGCCAAAAGUCUAGAACUAUCAGCGAGACAGUUUUAGCAGGAAUACUUGACCAAUAUUCCGACAGACUGGUUUCCAUGUUCGACGAGAAGUUAAGAUUGAGUCAAUUGGGCCCAAACAGAAUGGUAGAAUCUCCUACUGAGAUGGUCGAACGCCCAAGAACGGCUGACAGAUCCAGUGAAGAUGGAGAGUUUCUUGAUUGUCAUUGAUUGUGUGUUUCGUUUGUUCUGCUGCAUCGAUUUUUGGAGGCGUUUGGAAUACCUUACUCUUUUUGGAAGUGUUGCAGGCGUUUGAGAGGAAAUACACUUUGCAUUGGGGUCAUCGUUUGCAUGGCACGAGGUUCUAUUCUACUUUAGGGCGUCUGCAUAAGUUUAGGGUGGGAUAAAAAUUAAGCUGCAACUUAUUCCAUGACGCAUAUGGCCGAGGAGUUUUCAAAAAGAAGGGAGAGGAUAGGCAAUAGAACUAUGGAGGAAUGGGAAAAUGGCCUGUUUGGAGUAGUUAACUUCGUGGAAAACAAUAUAUCAAGGACUGCGAAUCAGUCGUUUUGUCCAUCAUGCACUUUUCACUCGUCGAGAUCUAAUUAUCAUACUGUAUACUCCUCAUAUAAUCCUG